UUUUUUUUUUUUUUUUUUUUUUUUUUCCACCUUUCUCUUCUUUUUUACUUUUUUAAAGCAUACAUGAGCGAACGUAGUCUUUCACCAAUCAAUGAUAUGCAUCGUAGGUCACUAUCACGCUCACCAUUAAGUGGAAGACGUGGUCGCUCGUACUCACCACGCUCCAGAAGUUCCAGUUCACGCUCAUAUUCUCGGUCCCGUUCCCGUUCAAGAUCUUACUCACGUCAUCGUAGGUCUCGUUCACGCUCAAGAUCACCUUACAGACGCUCAAGAAGUAGGAGUUACCAUGGCCGAUACUAUUCUCGCUCACCACCUCCUUCACACCACAGAAGAUCCCCUCCACCCUCGCGUCGUUACAGGUCAAGAUCUCCACCUCCAAGACGUAGAUUUAUCAAUAAGGAUUGUCGAGUAUACGUAGGUAAUUUACCUUUUGAAGUGACUUGGCAUCAACUGAAAGAGUUUAUGAAAGAGGCUGGCCAAGUUGCUCAUGUCGAUGUUUUGAAGUUGCCUAAUGGCAGAUCCAAAGGAUGCGGUGUAGUAGAAUACCGUUACCCUGAAGACGCAAAGCGCGCCAUUCAUAUCAUGAAUAAAGCAGAGUUCAUGGGUAGACCUGUCUUUGUUCGAGAGGAUCGUGAAUACGAGCACACAGGACCACCAAAAGAUCCCCGAGAUGCGCCAGACGACUGUAGACUUCAUGUUAGCAAUUUACCACUUGCUGCAAGUUGGCAGGAUAUGAAGGAUUUAUUUAGAAAGGCGGGUCGUGUUUUGCACACAGAUAUUCAUACGGAUAUAGGUUCUAGAAGACCUAAUGGUAACGGCACAGUUAUUUAUGACUGUUCUAGAACUGCUCGGGCUGCCAUCGAUAUGUUUAAUGGAUAUGAAUGGCAAGGACAUAAGUUGGGAGUAACAGAAGGACGUCAAUUAGAUAAACUUGGGGAUGUUACGAGACAUACUACAUCUGUCGAAAGUAUUCGCAGAGACUGUAUACCGCCAUUGAAUCACAGACCUCCUCCAGAAAUCCUUUAUAAAUCUGAACAAUCUUUAAACAUCUAUCCUCCAGUUAUCACACCUCCCGUUUCAGCUAUACCUACACCUGUGUCUACAGUAGAUCCUGUUCCAUACCAAAGUGUCUAUCGAUAUGGUGGUCCAGAAACGAUAGCACCACCACCUCCGCAUUUACCUCCUCCACCACCCAUGUAUACACAUAUGAGUCUAGUAGGCGGACCAGCUGCUAACUUACCAACACACGGCCACAAUCAAAUAUUUGUAAAUAAUCUGCCUUUCUCUACAACAUGGCAAGAUUUAAUCGACUUAUUUAGACAUGUGGGACCUGUUGUUAGAUCUGAGAUAUUAACCAUGAAUGGACAUCCAAAGGGAUCAGGGUUUGUUAGAUUUGAGGAUGCAAUGACUUGUGAGAGGGCGAUUGAAAAAUUCCAUGGUUAUGUGUAUGGUGGACGUCAUUUGGAUAUUCGACUUGAUAAAUAUUCCACAACUGCAUAAGUAGUAGUAAUAAUAAAAAAUAGUUGACAUAUUUAUACGCUGGUUGUGGGU